UUUCUCCUAUAAAAAGGGCAUGCAUAUGUUGAAAGAAGGCACCAAAACAAAUCAAUCAAAAGUUGGUAAUUGCUUUCACUUGAGCAAGUCCCCAAUGGCAACCAGCAGCAGUGUAUCAUUUCUCUGUCUCUUGCUUUUCUUGUCUCCACUGCUGCUGAAUACUGUCCAUGGAAAUCCAAAUUACAAAGAGGCCCUGCUUAAGUCCAUUCUGUUUUUCCAAGGUCAGAGGUCCGGGAGGCUCCCUGCCAACCAGCAGAUCACUUGGAGGUCCAAUUCUGGACUUUCUGAUGGUCUCCUUGAGCAUGUGGACCUAACAGGGGGGUACUAUGAUGCUGGAGACAAUGUCAAGUUCAACUUUCCAAUGGCAUUCACCACCACGAUGCUAUCAUGGAGCACGCUCGAAUAUGGCAAGAGAAUGGGGCCCCAGUUGCAGGAGGCAAGGGCUGCAAUCCGUUGGGCUACUGACUAUCUCCUCAAAUGUGCCAAUGCCAAGCCAGGUAAGCUCUAUGUUGGCGUGGGUGACCCCAAUGCGGACCAUAAGUGCUGGGAGCGGCCUGAGGACAUGGACACCGUCCGAACAACGUACGCCGUCACCCCAAGCAACCCUGGCUCCGACGUUGCUGCUGAGACGGCUGCCGCACUGGCAGCUGCCUCCAUGGUCUUCCGAAAAAUAGACCCAAAAUACUCAAGCUUGCUACGUGGAACAGCUAGGAAAGUCAUGGCUUUCGCAAUCCAGUAUCGUGGUGCUUACAGUGACUCACUUGGAUCAGCUGUUUGCCCAUUUUACUGCUCAUAUUCUGGAUACAAGGAUGAGUUGCUGUGGGGAGCUUCAUGGUUGCUGAGGGCGACAAAUGAUGCUUAUUACUCUAAUUUCUUGAAAACAUUGGGAGCUGAUGACCAACCGGACCUCUUCAGUUGGGACAACAAAUAUGCUGGUGCUCAUGUUCUUUUAGCAAGGCGUGCAUUGGUGGAGAAUGAUAAAAGCUUUGAGCAAUACAAACAGGAAGCUGAAAGUUUUAUGUGCCGGAUCUUGCCUAAUUCUCCUUAUUCAACUACCCAAUACACCCAAGGAGGGCUAAUGUACAAGCUACCUCAAAGCAACCUUCAAUACGUUACAUCCAUAACAUUUUUACUUACCACAUAUGGCAAGUACAUGAAAGCCAAAAGGCAGACCUUUAACUGUGGCAAUCUCAUGGUCUCUCCGAACUCAUUAAUAGGCCUUGCAAAAAGACAGGUGGAUUACAUAUUGGGAGAGAACCCAAUAAAAAUGUCCUACAUGGUUGGGUUUGGACCUAACUUUCCAAAGAGAAUUCAUCACAGAGGCUCUUCAUUGCCAUCUUUGGCGAGCCACCAUGAGAGCAUAGGCUGUGAUGGUGGUUUCCAACCAUUCUUCUACUCAUCAAACCCGAACCCUAACAUUUUGGUUGGAGCCAUUGUUGGAGGUCCAAAUCAGAACGAUGGGUACCCAGAUGAUCGAUCUGACUAUAGCCACUCUGAGCCUGCUACAUACAUCAAUGCUGCAAUGGUUGGACCAUUAGCAUUUUUUGCUGGGCUCGAGGCUCACUAGUUGACAAUGAUGCCUUUCUAGGAUGAUUUAUGUAAAUAUUUAUCAUCACUCUCCUUAAAUUGGAGGUUCCAAUCCACCAAAAGGUGGAAUCUUUCGGGAAAAAAAUAUAUAAAUUGGGCUCUUUACUUUCU